CCUGUCAGGAUUUCUGGUGGACUCUUCUGAAGAUAGGGGCACAGAAGACAGAGCCCCGGGGAGUAUCCCUGUCCCCAAAUCCUGGCAGGGUCUUCCUGUGGAUCUUAUAGACAUGUACAAAGCAGGGUCUGCCUACGAAUCACUGGAGGGUGGGCCAGCUCACCGGUGAGGGAACCCACAGGUUGGGGCACAAGAUCCAAUGUCCCCUAAAUAGACAUGGAGUCCUGGAGAAGGACAACAACUGAACAAGGAACUGACCCAAGGCCCAUGGGAGUUCUGAGGAAGGGCGGUGGGUGACAGAGAAGAAACCACAUGUGUUCCAGAUGAGAGAGACUGGUGCUGGACUGGAUUCCCUAGAGGGGCCUCGGCUCUUUACUAGAUGAUCUGCAGAGCGGCCCAUGUAUCCUGACCUCUCCCACCCAUGGUGCAUGUGUGGCAGCUGCAACCUUCCAGCCAGGAGCCAGAUGUGGUUAAGUAAGGGACUUAGUCCUUCUAGAAAAUCAAGACUGCAAACCUGAACGCAAUGAUGAGACCCCAGGACAGUGGACAUUGAAAGAGAAAGGGGCGCGCUGAGUCACUUAUUGUUCCCUUGGAGAACUCAGACCCAUCAGGAUUCGCACCUGCCAGCGUCGCCGCUGGAAAGUUUGCGAGCGGCUGGCGCGGAGCUGGCGCCGACCCCGAUCACAGCGCGGCCGAGGCGAGCAGUCGCCGGCGCCCAGAUCCGAGUACGCUCGAGGACCGCGAGGAGCGCAGCCCUAGCCCCGGCGACUGAGCACACCUGAGGAGAGGUGCACACACUCUGAGGACCUAGGUGUGCAACCUCUGCCAGAUGUGGGGCGUGGCUACCCAGAGGCAUGCCCCUCACCCAGCUCCACUGUCCCCACCUGCUGCUGCUGCUGUUGGUGCUGUCAUGUCUGCCAGAGGCACCCUCUGCCCAGGUAAUGGACUUUUUGUUUGAGAAGUGGAAGCUCUAUAGUGACCAAUGCCACCACAACCUAAGCCUGCUGCCCCCACCUACUGGGGACUUCUGGUCCCUCCUCCAUCCUCCUGCACCUUCACAGAGCUGGUCUGUAACAGAACCUUCGACAAGUACUCCUGCUGGCCUGACACCCCUCCCAACACCACUGCCAACAUUUCCUGCCCCUGGUACCUACCUUGGUACCACAAAGUGCAGCACCGCCUAGUGUUCAAGAGGUGUGGGCCCGAUGGGCAGUGGGUUCGAGGGCCACGGGGGCAGCCGUGGCGCAACGCCUCCCAAUGUCAGUUGGAUGAUGAAGAGAUCGAGGUCCAGAAGGGGGUGGCCAAGAUGUAUAGCAGCCAGCAGGUGAUGUACACCGUGGGCUACAGUCUGUCCCUGGGGGCCUUGCUCCUUGCGCUGGUCAUCCUGCUGGGCCUCAGGAAGCUGCACUGCACCCGAAACUACAUCCAUGGGAACCUGUUUGCGUCCUUUGUGCUCAAGGCUGGCUCUGUGUUGGUCAUCGAUUGGCUGCUGAAGACACGGUACAGCCAGAAGAUUGGCGAUGACCUCAGUGUGAGCGUCUGGCUCAGUGACGGGGCGAUGGCCGGCUGCAGAGUGGCCACAGUGAUCAUGCAGUACGGCAUCAUAGCCAACUAUUGCUGGUUGCUGGUAGAGGGCGUGUACCUGUACAGCCUGCUGAGCCUUGCCACCUUCUCUGAGAGGAGCUUCUUUUCCCUCUACCUGGGCAUUGGCUGGGGUGCGCCCCUGCUGUUUGUCAUCCCCUGGGUGGUGGUCAAGUGUCUGUUUGAGAAUGUUCAGUGCUGGACCAGCAAUGACAACAUGGGAUUCUGGUGGAUCCUGCGUAUUCCUGUCUUCCUGGCCUUACUGAUCAAUUUUUUCAUCUUUGUCCACAUCAUUCACCUUCUUGUGGCCAAGCUGCGUGCCCAUCAGAUGCACUAUGCUGACUAUAAGUUCCGGCUGGCCAGGUCCACGCUGACCCUCAUCCCUCUGCUGGGGGUCCACGAGGUGGUCUUUGCCUUUGUGACUGACGAGCAUGCCCAAGGCACCCUGCGCUCCACCAAGCUCUUUUUUGACCUGUUCCUCAGCUCCUUCCAGGGUCUGCUGGUGGCUGUUCUCUACUGUUUCCUCAACAAGGAGGUGCAGGCAGAGCUGAUGCGGCGUUGGAGGCAAUGGCAAGAAGGCAAAGCUCUUCAGGAGGAAAGGUUGGCCAGCAGCCAUGGCAGCCACAUGGCCCCAGCAGGGCCUUGUCAUGGUGAUCCCUGUGAGAAACUUCAGCUUAUGAGUGCAGGCAGCAGCAGUGGGACUGGCUGUGUGCCCUCUAUGGAGACCUCGCUGGCCAGUAGUCUCCCAAGGUUGGCUGACAGCCCCACCUGAAUCUCCACUGGAGCCUAGCCAGGCUGCGUUCAGAAAGGGCCUCAGAGGACAACCCAGAGCCAGAUGCCCGGCCAAGGCUGAAGAGACAAAGCAGCAAGACAGCAGCUUGUACUGUGCACACUCCCCUAACCUGUCCUAGCCUGGCACAGGCCACAGUGACAGAGUAGGGGUUGGAUAUGAUGGAGAAGCCAUGUUAUCUAUGAACUCUGAGUGUUCCCAUGUGUGUUGACAUGGUCCCUGUACCCAGAUAUGUCCUUCAGUAAAAAGCUCGAGUGGGAGCUGCUGCACAGCU